CCAGGACAGGGAGCUCGCAGAGGAGGUGCCCUGUCAGGCGGGGGCCUGGCCGCAGCCUCCUGACCUCCUCAGCUGCCAGUGGGGUGGAGGAGGAGUGUCCAUAGAGGGGCAUUGACUUCUGAGGCCUGACUUCCAAACGGCCAGGGCAGCUGGAAGCCGAUGUCUGGGUCCUCCUCGCUAGAUCUUUUUUGGGCAGGACCCUGGCAGGGUCCCUACUUCCAUUAGGGGGACAGCCCCUGCCCUCAGCUUGGGUGGAGGUCCCUUUGGAAGUCUCUGCCGUUCUUACCAGGGAGCCCUGGUGCACCCAGGCCGCCUCCCCUCCCCCUCUGGCUGGCUCCGCCCAUGCUCUCCUGGCCACCAGGCCAGCUGGUGUGCCACCCUCGCUCACUCAACUCAGGGGUCAUGUGGAGUCCUGGGGGCUGGGGACAGCUCUGUGGGGCAGAUAUCCCAUCAGGACUGCACCAGUCAUGCUCUCUGCCUGGGACAGGAUGUUCUGUGUUGGGAAGGGUCGUCAGGGCAGGGCUGGGCAGGGCCCCGACCUUGGUGGGACACUUGAAAGGGGGCGAAGGCACAGAGGGAUCCAAAGACAAGGCCCAGGCCAGGUCCAACAGGCCUUCCCAGUCCCUCCUGCCUGGGACUCAGGGAACCACGGCGGGGGAGGUCUGAGGAGGGACCAUCCUGCCUGCCCUGCCUCCCCAAGACUUCCCUCCACAUCUCUUCCGCCACACCCCCUUGGGAGGGGCACCCGCCAGGUGAGCCCUAAAGAGGUCCCUCUAGGGCCAGUGGCUACCAGGAUGGGCCCUUGGUGUGUCUUGUUGCUGUCACUCACCCUUCCAACAGUCCUGCAGGGCCAGGACCCAACCACCCCACCACAGGUGGCAAACUUCCAAAGUAAACAGUUCCAGGGGCAGUGGUUUGUCCUUGGUCUGGCAAGUAACACCUACAGGAGAGAAGACCGGGCUUUGCUGAAUACCUUCUCCACGACAUUUGGGCUCAACCAAAAGGGCCACUUUGAGGUCUCCAACACCAUGACCCGGAGAGAAGUGGGCAGCUCCAGAUGGUCUGCUGGGGACAGCCUUCAAGUGGCCCUGCUAGAUGGCAAGCGCUGCAACACUUGGUCUUACGUGCUGAUCCCAGCAGCCCAGCCUGGGCACUUCACUGUGGACACCAAGGGCGAGGCUGACCCAGGCGGGAGGGCGGGGACCGGCACGUUCAGUGAAGACGUCCAGGUGGUCGAUGGCGACUACACGGUCUUUGCCCUUCUGCUGUCCGUCAGACGGAUGGGCAGCCAGACCACAAUCAGGAUCAGUCUGCUGGGCAGACACUGGAAUCUGCCCCGCUGGACGCUGGACAGAUUCACCUGCCUGGUCAAAGCUCAGGGUCUCACCAAGGACAACAUCGUCUUCCCAACUGCCAUCGGUAACGCGUUCACAGGCAGUGGACAGUGGGAAAUGGAGAGCAGGCAGGCUGGGCGGGGCCUUCUAGAGGACCCCAGGCUGAUGUCCCCAGCCCCUACCCCAGAGCAGGCUGGUCCCUUCUCCCUUCCCCUGGUCCCCUUUCCACCCCCUCCCAGUCACCUGCCUGUUUUCCCUCACAUCCCUCCCAGGCCCACCCCUCUCCUCUCCCUCAUGGCCUGUCCCACUGUCCCUCACCCUGCCUGCUGAAGCUGCUGAAGGGCCUGCCUCGCCCGCCCUGCCCUCCCCCACUGUCAGCCCAGGACCCCAGAGUGGCUGUGUGACCUUGGGGUCAGUGACAGGAAAGGACAAAGGGACCCAUGGCAGGGCAGGGCCGUGAUGGCCACCCCAGGACAGGCCAGCCUCCCUCACUGCCCCCAGUGUGCACUCCACCAGCGGAGCUCUGGGCGGCCAAGAGGGGGCCCAGCAGGGCCAGGCGGUCCCUAG